UCGAGCUAACUUUAACUUCACAAAUCAUUCAUCCUGCUUAUUAGUGGUUGGUAUCACAUGGUUUAAAAAACGGUGAAAAAAAAUCGAAACAUGAAUGUUUUAACGAUAGUUUUUUCAGUAAUUUUUGCUCACAAUUGUAAUUCUCUAAUCCGGGAAGAGACAGAUCUGAAGCCUUUAUCAAACUACGAAACAGUUGAUAAUGAAAAUUUCGAGAAUUGGGAAGGAGAACCCGAUGACGCCAAUGUUGUUGUCUUCGACAAAGUAUCAGAAUCAACAUUAGAAGAAAUUUGCAAAAAUUCCAAAAACUAUGUUUAUCUCAAACAAGAAGACGUUAUAAUUGACUGCAAAAAUUUCAAAAAUGAUGAACCCGAAAAGACUGAACGAAUUUUUAAACGAUCGGCAGUUGGGGAUGAAGUGGAAGGGUCAGGCGAUUCGGAAAAUUCGGAAAAUGUAACAACUGAAAAAAAUAAAGUCAGCGAAGAAACUGUAACACCUGAAAAAAAUGAAAAUACUACACUACCACCGGAAGAAAAGAAAGACGAAGAAGCUGAAAAACCACUUUCGGAAAACAGUAACAAUACUACYACACCACCGGAGAAAGAAAAAAACGAAGAAGUAAAAGAAGAGGAAAAUACAACACCACUUCCGGAAACCACCGAGGUUCCGGAAAAACCGGAAAUUGUCACACCUGAGGAACCUUCGGAGCAAGUUCCAAGUGAAAUAACCACAACCGAAAAACCAAAAGAGCAACCGGAAAGGCAGGAAAACAGCGACAAAUGGUCACCGAAAAAAGACGCCGAAAUAAUUAAAGGUAAAACCUUGAUAGGUGGUAACAAAAUGGAACAAGCGACCGAUCAGCAAUCAGACGAAUCGGAAAAAGUUGGUGAAUCUAGCAAAACGGCCCAUAAGGCCGGCUCUAAAGACACCACGAUUUUGAUCGGCCUUUUCGUGGCCGUUAUCGUAGUGGGGGGCCUCGCCUACGGCUACAAUGUUAUCAAAAAACGAAAGCAACGCUCUGCUGAUUUGGAACGUGUCGAAAGGGGGCCUUCAAUCAAGACAAGUUUGAAUAAUUUGACAAAACCUGACGAGCCUGAAAAKAAACCGUUGAUUGGUGAAAAGAAAGAAGUGGAGAUGGUGGACAUGAAAAAAGAGAAUUCCACGCCUGAAAAAGCGCCCAGUGAUAACGAAUUAUUGUAAUAACACUUUUUUAUAAUAUAUUACGUAAUUUAUGUAUUUUUUAAGUGUGCCAGUAUUGUAAUAAAUCGUUUGAUAGUA